CCCGUCCGAGUCGGAUAGCGCCAGUGCGUGAAACUGUUCCAGGUAUCGUUACGUCGUAGAGGAAGCCAGGAGGAGAGCGCGCGAGAGGCGAUUGGACGUGAAGUGAGCGUCGCCGCCCUGAAGGUAGCCGCGGUGCGAGGACGGCGCUCGCGGCGGAAACGGGGACGGCGACAGCGACGGCAACGGUGACGACUGAUCUACGACGGCCGGGGUGCAACAAGCGUUCGUGCCGGGCAAACAUGAGCGAGCCGAACUCGCAGCUGGUUGCGAGGCUCGACCUGUGCGUCGCGAAUCGCGCCGAGUUCGCAGGAACGGAUGUACGUCGGAAAGCAAAGGACAUGGCACACCUGUAGAUACGAAAUGCCGGACUAGCACGAGAAGCAAGCGGCCGACCAGUAGAGGCAGAGCAAGCGAGAAGCAGAGCAAAGUAGUGAAGAGAGGGUAGAGAGCAAAUACGUAGGGCGAGGGAGAAAAAGUGACCGAUAGAAAAAAAAAAAACAGCAUCGCGUCGUUGAAAAUUUGCGUGGCGCAAAAUUAGCAGAGAGAAUGAGUCACGCUCAACAGCAUGUGCUUGCGAGCGCGAUAGUCCUCGCGCUGUUAGUGGUAUUCGGUAUCCACGUCUUCCUGUUUCCCAUGUACACGUCGACCCCGCCGGCGCGUCAUAUGAAGAUCUCCGCGUACGAGCAGGCGCUCUGUCGCACGAACCUGAAGAACAACGUCCGUAUACCGGCGUCAGAAUUGCGCAACAACCCCUGUCCGAAAUAUGGCAUAGUCUCGGCGAUGCAGGGUGGUAGACUGGGUAACCAGAUCUGGGAGUACGCUUCCGUGUGGGCAACCGCCCGGAGAACCGGCCUAGAGCCAUUCAUGCCGCGUUGCAUUCUCAAAACCUUGGAGGAGCACUUUGAGAACCUCAGCAUCCCGCCACUCAGCUACAUCGGCAGAUGUACCCUGGACGUUGGCCAGGUGGUUAAUUCGCUCAGUCAGUGGAAUAGUACGGAGCAAAACAUCAUAAUACCUAGGCACGCGGCUUAUUGGUCUUUGAUACUAGUCUGGCUAGAUGACGUACGACGAGAGUUUACGUUCAAACCGAGUUUAAGGAUCUACGCAGAGAAAGUGUUGAAACGCGUAGCGGAAAAAUUCAACUUGUCCUCGCCGACCUACGUCAGCGUACACGUACGCAGAACCGACUAUGUGGAUUAUCUUUGGCAGAAGUUAAAAACGCGGCCGGCGCCGGUAAGUUACUACUUGUCGGCGAUGGAUUAUUUCGCUGGUAAAUACAACAACGUGAUCUUCGUAGUAACGAGUGAUAAUAUCGCCUGGUGCAAGUAUAACUUGCGCAGCAAACGUCACCGAAUCAGUUUUGUAUCAGAAAAUGACGGCAAAGGCCCGGGAAAAGAUCUGGCGGUCUUGUCCGCGUGCAAUCAUAGCAUAAUAGAUUACGGUACUUAUGGCUCCUUUGGAGCUAUUUUGGCCGCCGGCGAAACCGUAGUUUACAAUGUAACAACAUACUUUUCUACGUUGAUUGCUGAUGUUCUACCAAACUGGAGGAUAAUGAGCUGAAUGAAAAAAAUCAAAUAACUCAUAAAGUAAAUAGAACAUGUUUAUGUUACAUCGUAUGCGCACACAUUUUUUGUAAUAUAUAAUCUUUUCGAAAGGCGAUAAAUUAUUCUUGAGAACUUUUAAUUAAUUUUAUUAAAGUAAGUUUCCGUAAACUUACGGUUCUUUUUCAAUACCAGUAAAGUACAAAAUUUGCAAUUCAAUAUUUAAAUUAAUUAACACAAUUCUUAUCAGACCACAGACCAAGUGUGUACACAAACCACACAGAUAAUCGUUGUAUAUUUACAUCUGCUAUCUACGCAAAUAUGGUAAUUUUGAACUACUUGAAAGUGUAUCUUGCCUUUCACCUAUCUAGAUGAUAUAUAUGCUCAUAUAUUUUCCUUUUAUUUAUCAUACGUAAUGCGUAAGUAUCUCGCUAGUAGUAAAAUUAAAUGAAAGUGUGUUGCUACAUCACAUUAAAUUUUAUAUAUAUGAAUGCGUCAUACUGCUUAACAAUAUUAAGCAUAUAUUACGUUUUUAUUUAAAUUUAAUGUGCGCACACAAGCUAGAAGUCGAUGCACCUGUAAAUGUAGCGAGCGAAUUUUUCGAGGAACUCGAGGAAAAGGUUUACAAUGGAACAAUGGACCACUAAUAUCUAAAAUUAAAACAGAUGCUUAUUUUUUCUACGACUCUGAUACACACUCGACACGGCCGUAAAAAUUUAAUGAAAAGGAAAAAAGCGUAUAUCGGAUGUUCUUUCCAGAUAAGGUGGUAACCAAACGAGCCUAAUUCAAAGAAAAAAAAACACGCGUACAUAUAAAUUCUAAAUUUUGCAGUGCUCAGAAUUAUAUCCGAUUAAUCUCUUAGCGUUUCGUGUAAUCUUUUCCGAAACCUGCAUUUUUUAUAUUAUAUAUUAUUUCGUAAUUUCGUAAUUUAUGUAAUUUUCUAUAAUGUAGAGCCUAGUUGUGAGGUUUCAAGUUUGAUUGUGUUUACACGUUUCAAUGUGCAUUUCAUAUCGUAGUAAGCGUGUAAUAUACACUUCACGAACAUGAAACCGACAUAUUAACAAAACCAUGUGUAAAUCUUAUAAUGUACAAUGAUUUCAACUGUGAUUCUAUUUCUUAUUG